AAGAAAGGAGGAAAACAAGAACAUUAAAGGGGUUCUCACUCCUCACUUCUCAAUCUAUCUAGUCCACUGGCAUUUCCUUUCCUCUAGCCUUCGUAAUAACCACUUUCAAGUGCACAAGCUUUUCCCCAUUGCAACCCGUCUCCACAAAACAAAACCAUCAAAAUCCUCAGCUAGUGAGUGAGAAAACUCAGAAAUAUGGUUUCGGGAUGGAGAAGGACGUUUCGCACAUCCAAUACCAUUCCCCAAAACACGCAAGAACCAGAAAAUUGUAAUUAUUGUUACGACAACAACAACAUCAAUUCAAGUCCCAAAAUCACUUCCACCAAUUUCUCAUCAUCAAUUCCCACCCUCCAUUCCCGAACCAAUUCACCACUUUCCAAACACAAUAAUAAUAAUGCAAGAACUCCCUCUCCCACCAAACGCAAUACCCCCGUGUCGUUUCAUCAAUCCACUCCCUCUUCCCCAAACUCACCCUCAACCUUCUCUCUUCUCAAAUCCACCUUACGCUUAUCCAAAGGCUCAUGCGAAAUCUGCAUGCGGAGUGUGAAAACCGGCGAAGGAAAAGCGAUUUUCACUGCGGAGUGUUCUCACGUCUUUCACUUCCCAUGCCUAGCAGGUCACGUGAAAAAACACCGAAUGGUCACGUGCCCUGUGUGCAACGCUAACUGGAAACAACUGCAGCAAAACGCAGACGAAAACAAAGGAAACGCAGAACUCAAAACGACGAGGUCGUUUAAGCUCCACAACUACGACGACGACGAGCCUCUCAUGUCGCCCACGUCGGUCUCGCGUUUCAAUCCGAUUCCCGAAUCUAGUGAGAACGAAGAAGAAGAAGAUGAAGAACAAAACGACGAAGAAACAAAUUUCAAUGUGUCGUCGAUGAUCAGAACCAAAAACAUCGACGCGUUCUUCUCGCCGGAGGCUGCGGUUGUGGCUUCCAACCGGAGUUCCGAGACGUACGUUGCGGUGUUGAAUGUGAAGUCUCAGCCGCGUAACGCGGCGGCGAAUCGGCCGCCGGCGGAUCUCGUCGCGGUGAUCGACGUCGGAGGGAGUGUUUCCGGCGAAGAGUAUCGGAUGCUGAAGCGCUCGAUGCAGGUUGUUAUCUCGUCGCUCGGCUCCGCUGAUCGUCUCUCUGUCGUCGCAUUCUCCGGCGGAUCGAAACGGCUGUUUCCCCUGCGGAGGAUGACCGGCCGCGGCCAGAUGGCGGCGCGGCGAGUAGUCGACGCGCUUUCCUCCGUUGAGCUCCGCCGCGAUGGAACGGCGGCGAGGAACAACGCGCUGAAGAAAGCCGCGAGGGUUCUGGAAGAUCGGCGGCAGAAGAACACCGUCGCGAAAAUCAUUCUCCUCACAAACAGCCACGAGGAUCAGCGAUUAUCCUCCACGCGCUUCGACAUUCAUUCACUGAGAUUCUCUUACGAUGGCGCGUGUAACCACGCGCAACACGACCACGAGUUAGCGAAGCGCGUGGGCAAUUUGUUGAGCGUGGCGGCACAGGACUUCAAACUCGAGUUAAAACUCACGUCUCGCUCGGCUCCGGCGGAGAUCUCCGCCGUGUAUUCUCUGGCCAAGGGUUGCACCGACGCUCUCUCGCCGGAAUCCGUCGCGCUCGGCGAUCUCUACGCGGCGGAGGGGAGAGAAAUUCUAGUGGAGUUGAAAGUGCCAGCUGGCACAGCUUCGCGUGGGUCCCACCAACGUGUUAUAUCCGUACGGUGUUCCCAUCGUGACCCCUUCACUCGAGAGCUUGUUAUUUCCAAGGAUCGUGAGUUAAACGUUCCGCGACCCCGCACGGUUCGAUCAUGCGACCCCAGAAUCGAACGGUUAAGACGUUGCCAGGUCAGCGCUCGCGCCGUAGCCGAGUCGAGAAGGUUGAUGGCUCGUAACGACGUGUCUGGCGCGCUUGAGUUGCUAUCCUCGGCUCGAGCAUCUGUGAGCCGCGAACAGGGUGAUGAGUGCUUGCGCUGGCUCGAAUCCGAACAAGCCGAGCUGAGGAGCCAAAAGUUAAGAAGUAGUUGUAAUAAUAAUUGCUUCGAUGAAAAGGGGGAGCCACUUACGCCGAUGUCGGCUUGGAGAGUAGCUGAGAGACUGGCUAAAGUGGCUAUUAUGAGAAAGUCUAUGAACAGAGUCAGUGACUUGCAUGGCUUCGAGGAUGCCAGAUUUUAAAUGUAUUUUUUCUCUUUUUUCAGUAUAGUUCUAAAUUUUGUAGUUUGUAAAGGGAGAAAAUAAAGUGUCAAUAAAAAAAAUUUCCGAUUUAUGCUCAA